CAGAAUGGUUCUGAUUUCUAGAAUUCUUAUACCAAACAUGCUUACAGUCUCGAACAAGUAAGUAUUUAUUAAUUACGUUGUUUUAAAAUAAAAAAAAUAAAAAAAAAAUGAAAGAGAGAAAGUCCCUCCUAAUUACGCUUUCUCAGUUGACCGUUUUAUUUCUCCAGACGCAAUUACGAAACACUUUCGUUCUCUCGUUCAACGCAGUUUUGAAAAUAGAGAAAAGAAAUAACACAGCCAAACAGAGAACAGACUCUUAGGUCGCGUUCUUGAUUUUUUUUGUUUGUUUUUGGAAUCCGCCAUUGUUGUGAUGUCGUCGGAAGUGGAGUGUGAAGGUUGGAUGGUGCGGUGCGGAGGGUGGAACAUCAUCCAGUCCAUUAACAUGCGCUACUUCGUGCUCAAGUCUGGGCGCCUCGCCUACUACAAGAGCAAGCCUCGAUUUUAUCAGGCGCCGAUCAGAACUAUGCAUAUCGAUGGCAACUGUAGAGUAGAAGAUCGGGGCUUGAAGACCGUUAAUGGACAUAAGGUUUAUGUUCUGUCUGUGUACAACAAGGAGAAUUAUGACAAGAUUGUGUUGGGAGCAUUUAAUAUCGAAGAGGCACUACUCUGGAAGGAAAAAAUUGAACUUGUAAUUGAUCAGGAUUCAGCUCAAGCAUCACCUUCCGGUGCUCGGAUGAGUUUUGCCAGUGAUCGGUUUAGCGUCGUCACUGAUGAUAUUGAGGACUGAAUGAAAUACAUUCAGUUGUUUUUUCGGCUUCUAUGGGCCUACAGAUAGCCAAAUGCCUUGGGGAUUCGAAUUUAUGGACCAAGGUGGAGUUGGUUUGUCAUCUCAAUUCUCAUAUAUAAAUUUUGCUUUUCUACUUCCUCUGUGAACAUGUUAGAUCCUUCUUUCCGCUCAUGCCUUUGUUUUGUUCUCCUUUCGUAAUCUCAUGCUUGUGCACAAGACCGGAGCGGCGGAGCCAUUGCUUGCGCAAAUAAAGAUGUUGAUUGUGAACUCUAGACCAUAUGCAGUGGACCAACCAAAUCCUUCUCUGGAUUUGUGGUUCUCUUUCUUACUUUUUUUAAUUUAAUGUAACAGAACAUGCUCGAUCUUCCGGUACUAUGUUUAACUCAAAAAACUUGUUAUUUUGUUGUUUCAAUG